AAUAAAAUGAGCAUGUAUUACCUUCUGUAAUCUAUUUCACAUUAACUCUUGUUGAUAUGCAAAUGAUCACAGUGCAUAAGUUUGCAUCAUGGAGUUUGGACACUUUCCACUAAAAUCGUUGGACUAAUGGACCUGAUUGUGAAACACUGUUUUGACACCAUUAAUCAUCCAUACAGAUUACACACUUGUCCGCUUCAUUGCUUUUUCCUGCUGUGACAUUAGAGCAGCUUCUUUGUCUCUCCAGUAUGUCAUUGCUCUCUGUCCCAGCACCACAAUGUCUCUUACAACCCUUUGCGGUCCCGCACCGGCUUCUGCUGGGACCGGGGCCCUCCAACGUGCCUGCUCGGAUUGUUACAGCUGCAUGCCAACCGAUGUUAGGACACCUGCACCCCGAGACUAUAGAGAUUAUGGAUCAGAUCAAGAGUGGGAUCCAGUAUGCUUUUCAGACUAAGAAUCGCAUGACUCUGGCAGUGAGUGGGCCGGGUCACGCUGCUAUGGAGUGUGCUAUCUUUAACUCAGUGGAGCCUGGAGAAAGCGUACUCAUUGCAGUCAACGGCAUCUGGGGGGAGAGAGCUGCUGAAAUUGCAAAGAGAAUAGGUGCCAAUGUGAACACCAUUGUAACCUCAGCAGGCAGGUUCUUCACAAACAAUGAAAUCGAGCAGGCAUUAGCCAAAUAUAAGCCAGUUCUGCUCUUCCUUACACAUGGAGAGUCUUCUACAGGAGUGCUCCACCCCAUAGACGGCAUUGGCGAGCUUUGUCACAAGUAUGGUUGUUUGUUCUUGGUGGACUCUGUUGCAGCACUUGGAGGUAGUCCAAUCUACAUGGACAAGCAAGAUAUUGACAUUUUGUACACUGGCUCUCAGAAAGUCCUAAAUGCACCUCCAGGAACUGCACCAAUCUCCUUCAGUGAGAGAGCAUGCCAUAAAAUCUUCAACAGGAAGACAAAACCAGUGUCUUAUUUUCUGGACCUGAACUGGCUGGCCAGAUACUGGGGCUGCGAUGGGAAACCUGCUCGCAUUUAUCAUCACACUGGACCUGUAACUGCAUUAUACAGUCUGAGAGAAGGUCUUGCCAUCCUUGCAGAAAAGGGGCUUGAAAAAUCAUGGAAACAACACAAAGAUGUGGCCGAGUACUUCCAUACAGGCAUAGAGAAGAUGGGUCUCAAGCUCUUUGUGGAGGAGAAGAAAGCAAGAUUGCCCACAGUUACUACAAUAGUAUCACCUCCAGGUUAUGACUGGAAAGAAAUUACAGGCUUUAUUAUGAAGAAUUGCAACAUAGAAAUCUCUGGAGGUCUUGGGCCAUCAGUUGGAAUGGUACUACGUGUGGGUCUGAUGGGCUGUAACAGCAGAAAGGACCAUGUAGACAUGAUUUUAGAGGCUCUUUCUGAUGCACUGAAACACUGCCACAAGAGUAAAGUGUAACAACACAUCUUGUGUGGCAAAUAACUGUUACUGUAAAAUUAACAUAUUAAACUAUAUAAUAAACUGUAUAAUGUCUGAAAUAUAGUCUUAAUUUGAAAUCUCCAAUCUGUUUUAUGAAUCUCCAAUAACACAGUUUCUCUGAUAAUAGUUUUACCUAAAAUACUUUAUAAUAAUAAUUUUUAAAUUGUUAAUCUCAGAAUUUGUAUUAAAUAUCUACCACGAACAAAUAUUAUAAAUAUAAUAAAUAAAGUAAAGUUAAAUCUGAGCUUGGAAGUUUGUGAACCCUAGUCCUAAGUCCUAAAAGCAGACAAAGUGAACCUAAUCAAACAAAUCAGAAAAAUAUAUUAUACUUGGUUAUUCAGAAUCUGUGAGUGGCAAAGUAUGUGAACAUCUAAGAUUAGUAUUUGAAGGUCAUCUGAUUUUAAUAAAUGGAAUGACAAUCAA